UAUUGGUUAAAUUAUUUCUCAAGAAAAUAUUUCUAUUUUCGUUCCUCCAUUAAAUCGGACUCCUAUACCCAGUUCCCACACGUUGUUGCUCUUGAAAACCCCCUUUUCUUCCCAAUAAAAAACAUAAAUCUGUCUGUCCUUCCGUCAUCCCUUUUGUUAAGAUCAAAAAUCAAACAAUGACGAUUAGAUUUGUUUUAAUGGUGAACAAACAAGGCCAAACUCGCCUUGCUCAAUACUACGAGUACCUCACUAUCGAACAGCGCCGUGCUCUUGAGGGUGAAAUCGUCCGCAAAUGCCUUGCUCGUAAUGAGCAACAGUGUUCGUUUGUGGAGCAUCGCAACUACAAGAUUGUUUAUCGGCGCUAUGCAUCUCUAUUUUUCUUAGUUGGAGUUGACAACGACGAGAAUGAGCUUGCAAUUCUGGAGUUCAUACAUUUAUUGGUAGAAACCAUGGAUCGACAUUUUGGAAAUGUGUGUGAGCUGGAUAUCAUGUUCCAUCUAGAGAAAGCUCAUUUUAUGUUGGAGGAGAUGGUGAUGAAUGGCUGUAUUGUUGAAACCAACAAGGCCAACAUUUUGGCCCCCAUACAGUUGAUGGAUAAAGCUUCUUAAUUGUUCUUGGACGAGGUACCUUCUUAGGCACACUGUAUAUGUUGAUACAUUAUCGUUUUAGUUUAAAUUGCCAUACUGUAAACUCAAACAAGGACUCAACUGUCUAUUUGUGUUUUUACCAAGCCUAUUGAAUGUACGACCAGUGUUCCUAUUGAAA